AUGACUAUAGCAAUUCUUCCUCCUUCUCUAAGUCCUUUUCCAUUCCUCUCUUUACAUCCUUCUAUCCCUUUACAUUCCUCUCUUACUCCCUCUAUCUAUAUACAUUCUUCCCCACCCCCGUUUUUUCUUCCUUUAUGCUAUUUAUCUCUCACCAUUCCCCCUUAUCAUUCUAAGCUCCUGUUUUCACAUUCACAAAGGAAUUUCUUUAGUUCACUUGGAUUUACCAACUCUUCUUUGAUUAUAUGUGAAAUAAGAUGCCAUAUCCAAAUAAAAAAUCCUGUAAACACUACCUUGGCCUAUUUCUUGAGGUGGACCAAUGUAUUCCCUAUGCGGCGCAGCAACUUCUCUUGUUUGGACCCUGAACUGUCUCACUCAGCAAAGGAAAGUCCAUUCUUAGACUUUGCAUUUCAAGCUGAAGUCUCUGAUGAAGCCAUUUAUUCUUUGAGCGUCUGUGUUCCACCAUUUGUGAUCCUCAUUAGUGAAAUUGGAAUGUGGGCUUUUGGUACUGAACCCCAGAGAUCUAUUAGUAUUUUAUGUGGUGCCUGUCGAGUUCCACAAAUCAUUCGAAGGAUAUUUCGAUUCAUUGGUAAGCCAUUUGUUUAA